CGCGGGCGGGCGCGGGAGCUGCCGCCGUUGAGCCCCGCGGCCCCCGCGGCCUUCGCUGAGCUCGGGACUCCGUGCGGGCCAGGCCGGGCGCCCGGGUCCCUCCGAGACGGCCUAUAGUUUAAGAUUGACCCAUAUGUACCAAAGUGACCAUGGAUGCCAGCUAUGUCCUCUGCCCGUGGAAAAAGCGACUAUGGCCCGCCAAGGUUUUGCCCAGGUCUUCGACAACCACCAAACCUCAGAAGAAAAAGGAAUUUUUUCUCAAUGUUGAAAUCCUCUCCCUAGAUAAAAAAAUCAAGGUGAAAAGCUCGGCCGUGACAACCCUGAGCAGAUCUCAGAUCGAGGACAUCGCCUCGUCGCUGGCCUCGCCGACUGCUGUGGCAGGCACCCCCAUGGAGGAGCUGACCUACCGGCGUUCGCUUCGGGUGGCGCUGGACCUCCUGAACCCCAGCGGUGCCUGCCCUUGGUUGGAGCAAAAUGGGAGAGCCCCGCGAGCCCCUGAAGCAGCGGCAGCAGCAGGAGCCCAGCCUGGCCGCGGGGCUCCUGACACUGAUAAGGAAAAGGAGGAGGAAGAGGAGGAUGUGGCCUGCAGUGUGAACCCCAGCAGGAGGCCUGCGACUGGGGGACCUGCAGGACCCCAACACUUUAGCAACAACAUAGUAGAUGAGGCUACAGCCGACCAGCCACUCCUGAACCUUCCCGCCGCCCCCAGCUCGCCCCCCAGGGCCAGAGUCCCAGACUCUGGAUGCACGUUGCCUUCAAGGGACCCUACAGGACCCCUGGAGCCUGGAUCCCCCCCACAGAAGCGCCCGUGCCUGGACGACCGUCUGCACCCCGUGAUCCUGCCCGCGGAGCCUGCUCUGGUGCCGUCACCUCAGCGCAGGUUCAAAGCCUGCAUACCCCCUCGAAGCCCAAGGAGCCCGGACUUCCUGGAUCCCGAGCAGGGGGAGGGAGACUGGCCAUCCUGUGUGGAUUCCAUGGAGCUGAGCGUGAUUCCGACCUUCCUGGAGGAGGAGGAGGAAGAUGAGGAUGAGGAGCCCCCCAGAAUCCUUUUGUAUCACGAACCCCGCUCGUUUGAGGUUGGAAUGCUGGUCUGGCUCAAGUACCAGAAAUACCCCUUCUGGCCCGCAGUGGUCAAAAGCAUCAGGCGCAGAGACAGAAAAGCCAGUGUGCUGUUCAUCGAAGGGAACAUGGACCCCAAAGGCAAAGGCAUCACAGUGCCGCUGCGGAGGCUGAAGCACUUUGACUGUAAGGAGAAGCAGGCCUUUCUGACUGAGGCCAAGGAGGACUUCGAGCAGGCAAUCGGCUGGUGUGUGGCCCUUAUUACUGACUACAGGGUUCGCUUGGGCUGCGGCUCUUUCUCGGGCUCCUUCCUCGAGUACUACGCGGCCAACAUCAGCUACCCGGUGCGCAAGUCCAUCCAGCAGGACUUGCUGGGGACCCGCUUUCCACCGCUGAGCACGGGGUCCCCCGAGGAGCCAGCCACAGGGAGCCCCGGGAGCCGGCGGCCACUGGGCCGCAAAGUGCUCCCAGACCGCUCUCGGGCUGCCCGUGACCGUGCCAACCAGAAACUGGUGGAGUACAUCGUGAAGGCGCGAGGUGCCGACGGGCACCUUCGUGCCAUCCUGGGCAACCGGCGGCCAUCGCGGUGGCUCAAGACCUUCAUGAGCUCGGGCCCCUAUGUGACGUGCGUGGAGACCUACCUGGAGGACGAGACGCAGCUAGACCUGGUAGUCACCUACCUGCAGGGCGUGUGCCGGGACGCGGGCGCUGGACUGCUGGCCCGCAUCAACGGCGACCACAUCCGCUUCAUCCUCGACGUGCUGCUGCCUGAGGCUGUCAUCUGUGCCAUCUCUGCGGUGUAUGCUGUGGACUACAAGACAGCCGAGGAGAAGUAUAUCAAGGGACCCUCACUCAGCUACCGGGAACGAGAAAUCUUUGAUAACCAGCUCCUUGAAGAAAGAACCCGCCGCGGCUGCUGAGGCUGGCGCCAGGGUUGGGGUGCGGGACCUCGGCUCUGUGCUCCCCACCCAUGCCCCGCAGCUCCCCCCCUUUCCUGGCCACUGUUCCCAUGGACUCUCCCCUCACCAAUCCAGGCUCCAAGGCAGAUGCAGAUCCUGAGGGCUCCCUGAGGCAGGAGGUGCCCGCCAGCCCGGUUCUGGCUUUUCCAGCCCUAUUUGCCCAUUGUCUAUGAGAUAUCCAUACUGGAAGGUUCUCAAGGGCCCCUUUGCUCUGAGGCAAAGUCUGACACGCUGCA